AUGCAUCUGACAUCAUUUACAAAAUAUGAAUUAAAAUCAGCAAAUCGAAGUGUUGUGGAUUUUCUUCGAAUGCUUUGUGCAAAUAAUAUUGGUAAGCUAAUUGGUACUGUUGUUCACACAGGAAUAUUAAAUGAACAUGGUAGUUAUGAAAAUGAUUGUUCUGUUAUACGUCUAGGAGAAUAUCACUUUCUUUUGGUGAGUCCAACUUCACAAUUAACUCGCAAUAUGAAAUGGCUUAAAACACAUGUAUCAGAAGAUAAUUCUAUUUUUCUAUCGGAUGUAACUUCACUUUAUACAGUAUUGAAUGUAAUUAGACCAAAAGCCGAAUAUUUAUUAUCUGAAUUAAGUGAUGAAAAUUUCAAUGCGUAUGCAAGAAUGGCUUGUCAAAUAUUUUACUCAACGAAUUCUUCGAAUGGAACUGGUGAAUUUUGUGGAUUUGUCACUUCUGCAGUAUAUGGUUUUACACUUGAAAAACAAGUCUGUUUAGGAUUUGUUCAUGCAUCUUCUUCAGAAAAAAUCAACAUCAAUUAUAUUCGUGACGUUACAUAUGAAAUUCAUAUAGCAACUAAACGGUUUAAAGCACCUCCUAAUCUCUAUCAAUCAAUUGAAAUAGAUCCUACAUUUUCACUAUAUACAAAUCAAUUUUCUAAUAGUAUAUCUCGACAAACCUCAACGAACAAUCAAUAUGUUUCAAUAAAUUAA